GCCGAGAAGGACUUUGUAGAGAUUCUUCAAUGCAUUUCUACCAAAGCAAAACCUGAAUCACCUCCAUACCAGCAUAACAUUGAAGAUUCAGAACAUCCAAAAUCUCCAGGCUUUGACUCGUCCACUAGUAAUUCAUCAGAUGUUACAUCUGGACAUCAAACCAAUGCUCCUUUAACACAGUGCCUCUCUACAGACAUUUUGUCAGACUCUUUUUCCCCUGAGGAACUAGCGGGUGAAGAGGAGCAGAGAACACUAUUGGGGGAAACGCAGCCUCCCACUGAGUCCUCCACAGAAGGAGGUAGUGAGGCAGAGCUUAGUCAGCGGGAUGCAUGUCGUCUGAAGUGCCUCAGGAGUUUCCAGCAGAUUCUGAGGGAGAAGAGAGAAUCCAGAAAACAACUCAGCCUAGUGUCCAUGUCAACAUUUUCUGAAGAUGAUUUAAACCCAGAUGGAAGCCAAGAUGAAGACCAGAAUAACAAUGGAGACCAUAACAAGCAUACAUGGGCCAAAUCUGGGGGCACUGGAAUAUUUGGCAUUGAUAGCAUGCCUGACCUUAGGAAGAAGAAGCCUAUCCCCUUGGUUAGCGAAGUGUCUCUGGUGCAGUCCAGGAAAGCUGGGAUCUCACAUGCAUUAGCUGCACGCUCUUCACUAAAGGAUGAAGAACUGAAAAAUCAUGUGUACAAGAAGACCCUCCAGGCACUCGUUUACCCUAUUUCUUGCACGACGCCCCAUAACUUUGAAGUGUGGACGGCCACGACACCCACCUACUGCUAUGAGUGUGAGGGUCUGUUGUGGGGUAUUGCGAGGCAGGGCAUGCGCUGCUCAGAAUGUGGAGUCAAAUGCCACGAAAAAUGCCAAGAGCUUCUCAACGCAGACUGUUUGCAGAGAGCUGCAGAGAAAAGCUCCAAAACGGGAGCAGAGGACAGAACCCUGCAUAUCAUAUCAGCCAUGAAGGAACGCAUGAAGAUCCGAGAGAGGAACAGGCCUGAAAUCUUUGAGGUCAUAAGACUUGUGUUCAAUGUGACUAAACUGAACCACGCUCAGCAGAUGAAGGCCAUCAAACAGACUGUGCUUGACGGAACAUCAAAGUGGUCUGCCAAAAUCUCCAUCACAGUGGUGAGCGCUCAGGGCCUGCAGGCUAAAGACAGAACUGGUUCCAGUGAUCCGUAUGUGACGGUUCAGGUUGGCAAGACUAAGAAGAGAACCAAAACUAUCUAUGGUAACCUUAACCCUGUGUGGGAGGAGACGUUCAACUUUGAGUGCCAUAAUUCAUCUGACCGCAUUAAACUGCGUGUGUGGGAUGAAGAUGAUGAUAUAAAGUCUCGGGUGAAGCAGCGUCUAAAGAGGGAAUCUGAUGACUUUUUGGGUCAGAGCAUCAUCGAGGUCCGGACUCUCAGUGGAGAAAUGGAUGUUUGGUACAACCUCGAAAAACGCACUGACAAGUCAGCGGUUUCGGGAGCCAUCAGGCUGCAGAUAAGUGUGGAAAUUAAAGGGGAAGAGAAAGUGGCCCCUUAUCACGUUCAGUACACCUGUCUGCACGAGAAUUUCUUUCACUAUGUGACGGAGAUUGAAGGGCAGGGUGUGGUGAAGUUGCCCGCUGCACGUGGAGAUGAUGCCUGGAAAGUCUAUUUCGAUGAGAUUUAUCAAGACAUUGUGGAUGAGUUUGCCAUGCGCUAUGGAAUAGAAUUCAUCUAUCAGGCUAUGACGCAUUUUGCAUGUCUGUCCUUUAAAUACAUGCUGUCUGGUGUCCCUGCUGUAAUGAGCACACUCCUGGCCAACAUCAAUGCAUUCUACGCUCAUCCCACCUCAGUCACCAACGUCUCCGCCUGCGACCGCUUCACUGCUUCCAACUUUGGGAAAGAUCGCUUUGUUAGACUGCUGGAUCAGCUCCAUAACUCUCUCCGCAUUGACUUGUCAACAUACAGAAAUAAUUUCCCAGCCAGCAGUAAACCACGUCUGGCAGAUCUCAAAUCCACAGUGGAUUUAUUGACUAGCAUUGCUUUCUUCAGACUGAAGGUUUUGGAACUGCAGUCUCCUCCUCGUGCGGCCCAUGUGGUCCGGGACUGUGUGAAAGCAUGUCUCAACUCUACCUAUGAGUACAUUUUUAACAACUGCCAAGAGCUCUACAGCAGACAGUUCCAGCCGGACGAAAAUGUUGCUGUGGAGGAACCAGGACCAAGCAUACAGAAUUUGGACUUCUGGCCCAAACUCAUCACCUUAAUAGUGUCCAUCAUAGAGGAAGAUAAGAAUGCCUACAACCCCAUUAUCAAUCAGUUUCCUCAGGAGCUGAAUGUGGGGAUGGUCAGUGCGGAAGUCAUGUGGACACUCUUCGCACAGGACAUGAAGUAUGCUUUGGAAGAGCAUGAGAAGCUCCGGCUGUGUAAAAGUGCCGACUACAUGAAUCUGCAUUUCAAAGUCAAAUGGCUCUACAACGAAUACGUCCAUGACCUGCCCGCCUUCUCCAACACCGUCCCCGAGUACCCAUCGUGGUUUCUGCCAUUUGUUCUCCAAUGGCUGACUGAGAAUGAGGAAGUGUCGAUGGAGUUUAUGCAUGGAGCCCUUGAGAGAGAUAAAAGAGAGGGGUUCCAGCAGACGUCUGAGCACGCUCUGUUCUCCUGCUCAGUCGUGGACAUCUUCACUCAGCUCAACCAAAGCUUUGAGAUCAUCAAGAAACUAGACUGUCCUGAUCCUGCAGUGGUCGCCCAGUACAACCGACGCUUUGCCAAGACUAUCACCAAGGUGCUCCUGCAGUAUUGUGCUAUUCUAACCAAGAGCUUCUCCACCUACUGUGAGAAAGAAAAGACGCCCUGUGUGCUGAUGAAUAAUGUUCAGCAGAUGCGCGUGAUGUUGGAGAAGAUGUUCGAAUCUAUGGGAGCCAAACAGCUCGACACUGAGGCUGCUGAUAUCCUCAAUGACCUGCAGGGAAAGCUUAAUUCUGUUCUGGAUAAUCUGAGUGGCAUGUUUGUCAAGAGUUUCCUGGGCCGUAUAAAUGUGUGUCUGCGUCAGAUGGCAGAGAUCCUGUAUCAGAUUAAAGGGCCUCUGAAUCAGAACACUCGUAACACAGCAGAAGCCGACGCUGACAGCGCACUGCGGCCGCUGAUGGAGUUCCUCGACACAAACCUCAGCAUCUUUGCAGACAUAUGUGACAAGACUGUGUUGAAGCGAGUGCUGAAGGACCUCUGGAGGAACGUGCUGAUCUGUAUGGAGAAAACCAUUGUGUUGCCUCAGAGCAGCGACAGUAUAGGAGCUCAGCUGCUUACUGCUGCUAAGGAGCUGUCUAAACUAAAGGGAGGGGCGGAGCCAAAGAGCCUGUCCCCAAGGCAGUGCGUGAUCAUGGAGGUGGCGUUGGACUCAGUCAAGAUGUUCUUUCAUGCUGGUGGAAACGGUUUAAAGAAAGUGUAUCUGGAGAAGAGCCCCGAGCUGUCGUCACUGCGCUACGCUCUCUCUCUCUAUACACAGACCACAGAUGCUCUUAUCAAGACAUUUGUGACAACACAACAUGCUCAGGUUCAAAACGGUAUGGGCAUCAGGAUCACCCCCAAGGAGAACGUUCGACCUGACAGAGGCUCUGGAGUUGAGCGGCCGAUAGGAGAGGGAGUGAUUCAGCUGGAUUUGUCGCCCCCAGCUGGAAACACAGAGCAGAAACUCAGCGUCAGAGUGAUUGCAGUAAAUGACAUGAAAUGGCAGACCUCGGGGAUGUUUCGUCCAUUUGUGGAGGUUAACCUAGUCGGCCCAAUGCUCACAGAGAAGAAACGGAAAUUCACAACUAAAUCAAAAAACAAUAGCUGGAGCGCAAAGUACAACGAGGCCUUUCAAUUUGUGUUGGGUAAAGGCGUGAGUCUGGACUGCUAUGAGAUUCAAAUAACUGUGAAGGAUUACUGUUUUGGCCGGGCGGACCGGGUUGUCGGGAUCGCUGUCCUGCAGCUGCGUGACGUAGCAGACCGGAAAAGCUGCGUGUGCUGGUGUCCACUGGGCCCACGCAUCAACAUAGAUGAAACCGGGACCACCGCACUACGAAUCCUCUCUCAACGCUCAGCAGAUGAGGUUGCCAAAGAGUUUGUCAAACUAAAAUCUGAGACCAGACCUGUUGAAGAGGGCAGGUGAAGGCCUGAAGAUCUCUUUUAUUGAUCAAUAUGAUGAAGGUGGACUCAUAGAAACAAAAGAGAUGUUGAUAAUGCGAGACAAAAGGAAGAGACUUCUUGACUGUAUCUGACAAGCAACAUGCGUUCAGAAACUGAACACACAGGGACCCACACUGUUGCUGAAAGCGUGUUUGUUUAUUCAUAGCCUAAAGAGUCACGUAACCGCUUGACUCUUCAUGAUGGACAACUGCUCAUUGAGAUGAGUGUUUGCACUGAGAACAGCGUUCCCAAGGUCAUGGAAAAAUCUGGAAAUAUCAGGGAAUUUCAAUCAAGCCAUGGAAAGGUCAUGGAAAUUAACAAAACCUCUAGAGGUGAAUGAUAAAUUGUUUAAAGAUUGAAAUCUCAAUUCCAACCCUCAUGCAGUCUGGGUGUUGACAACUCUGUUAAACUUUUAGUAGGCAAGCUAUCUAAUCAAUUACGUUUUACACAAAUGAUCUAAUUCAGACCCAUUCACACCAAGGAUGAUAACAAUAAUGGUAACAACAAAGAAAAAAUGUGGUUCUAAAAUCCAUGGUUAUGAUUAUUAAAUCACCAGAAUCACUUUUAGAAUUUGUUUUAAGCUAUUGAACAAUAAUAGCAUUGACAGCCAAUCAAAAUCCAUCCUGAUUUAAACGGCACAAGCAUUUAUCCUGAAGCAGAAGGCUAAAGCGCAAUAUGCUUAUGAUGAACAGAAUAAUGUUGUGCUUUAAUGUAGAUGCUACUGUAAUACAGUUUCUUCA